AUGGAAGACCCAACGACAGAAAGCCAGGGUAUUCCCGAGGAGAUCGAAGCAUUGGACACUCAGCCCGUCCAAGACGUCCUUCCACCGUCGCCGCCACCCACCGAGGGUGGAAUCUCAGAUCCAGACGACGAGAAGGUCGAGGUACCACUCCCACCUCCAACCGCAGCCCCAGUUCGAGUUCUCGACGUCGAUCUUAAGACACCCGACCGUCACGUCCCUCGCGAUCCCCGACUGAUCCGACUGACCGGCGUCCAUCCCUUCAAUGUCGAGGCGCCGCUCACUGAACUCUUCAACGAAGGCUUCUUGACGAGCCCGGAGCUGUUUUAUGUGCGAAACCACGGUGCGGUACCUCAGGUCAAAGAUGAAGACAUAAUAGAGUGGCAACUGUCUAUCGAGGGCCUGGUGGACGAGCCCAUGACAAUAUCGCUGAAGCAGCUGAUGACCGAAUACGAGCAAGUGACAUAUCCAAUCACACUGGUGUGCGCAGGGAAUCGGCGAAAAGAGCAGAACAUGGUGCGUAAAAGCAAAGGAUUCUCGUGGGGCGCGGCAGGGCUCUCGACGGCACUCUUCACGGGCGUCGUCAUGGCUGAUGUUCUCCGACGAGCCCGGCCCACGAGGAAGGCCAGGUACGUCUGUAUGGAAGGCGCAGACAAGCUCCCCCACGGGUUCUACGGCACGUCCGUCAAGCUGAACUGGGCCAUGGAUCCCAACCGCGGCAUCAUGCUCGCCUACAAAAUGAACGGCGAGACGCUCCGCCCUGAUCACGGCAAGCCCCUCCGCGCCGUUGUCCCGGGCCAGAUCGGGGGCCGGUCUGUCAAGUGGCUGACGAAGCUGAUCAUCACGGAUGCUCCUAGCGACAACUGGUACCACGUUUACGACAACCGGGUCUUGCCGACCAUGGUCUCUCCGGAAGAGUCCGCCAACAACCCCAAGUGGUGGACGGACGAACGAUAUGCCAUCUACGACCUCAGCCCUAACUCGGCCGUCUGCUACCCCCGGCACGAGGAGCAGCUGUGCCUGAACGGUGCACCGCAGACCUACCGAGUCCGAGGAUAUGCCUACAGCGGUGGUGGGCGACGCAUCACGAGGGUCGAGAUCUCAUUAGACAAAGGCAAGUCUUGGCGGCUGGCCGAGAUUGACUAUGUCGAGGAUCGAUAUAGACAGGUGGAGAGAGAUCUGUUUGGUGGCCGGUUGGACAUGUCGUGGCGUGAAACCUGCUUCUGCUGGUGCUUCUGGUCGACCAGCCUGCUGACGGACGAACUCGCCCAGGCCACAGAUAUCGUCGUACGGGCCAUGGACGAGAGCAUGAAUGUGCAGCCUCGGGACAUGUACUGGUCCGUUCUGGGGAUGAUGAACAAUCCCUGGUUCCGGGUAACGAUCACAGUUGAGGGCGAGUACCUUCGCUUCGAACAUCCCACCCAACCGGCUCUCAUGCCUGGCGGCUGGAUGGAGCGAGUCAAAAAGGCUGGGGGCGACCUGGCCAACGGCUUUUGGGGGGAGAGACUCGAGGGCGAGGCACCCAUAGUCCCGGAUAAGGAACAAGCCCGGGAAAUCUCCAUGGUCCGGGAAGGCCUGCAGAACCCGAUCACGAUCGACGAGCUGCGGAAACACGACACGGAGCAACAGCCUUGGUUCGUGGUGCAAGGCGAAGUGUACGACGGCACGGCGUUCCUGAAGGAGCAUCCCGGGGGCGCGCAGAGCAUUAUUUCGGCUGCGGGGCUGGACAGCACCGAGGAAUUCCUCGCCAUCCACAGCGAGACGGCCAAAGCGAUGAUGCCGCAGUUCCACAUCGGCUCCCUGGACGAAGCCGCCAAAACGGCCUUGACGGCGGGCAGCGACGAGACGCAAUCAAUCGACCACCAAGGCCAACCUCCCGAGACCUUCCUCCAUCCCAAAGCGUGGAAGAAAGCCAUCCUGCACGGUAAGCGGAUCGUGUCCCAGGACACACGUAUCUUCACCUUCAAACUGGAACAUCCGGCGCAGCGCCUCGGCUUGCCCGUCGGCCAGCAUUUAAUGGUCAGGCUCCGGGACCCUGUGACCCGUGAGGCUAUCAUCCGCAGCUAUACUCCAAUCUCGGACAUCGACGACCGCGGCUUCAUGGAGAUGCUGGUCAAGGUGUACUUUGCCCGCGCGGGCAGCGAGGGCGGCAAGAUGUCGCAGGCCAUGGACGCCCUUCCCGUCGGGCACUUCAUCGAGAUGAAGGGGCCGAUCGGCAAGUUCGAGUACGUGGGCCACGGCACGUGUCUGGUGUCCGGGCGAGAGCGGGUGGUCAAGUCGUUCAUCAUGAUCUGUGGCGGCAGUGGCAUCACGCCCAUCUACCAAGUAUUCCGGGCGGUCGUGCGCGAUCCCGAGGACCAGACGCAGUGCGUCAUAUUCGACGGGAACCGACUGGUCGAGGACAUCCUGUGUCGGGAGGAGCUCGACGCCCUGCUAACAGGCAACGAGCACCGGUGCCGCGUCCUGCACACUCUCACCCAGGCGCCCGACGACUGGACCGGUCUGCGAGGCCGUGUCACCGGUCAACUCGUUCAGGAACACUCGGCCCGGACGGACGACGCGCUGGUCCUCAUCUGCGGACCCGAGGCGAUGGAAAAGACCAUGCAUCAAGCGCUGUUAGAGCAGGGGUGGCGCGAUGACCAACUUAUGUUCUUUUGA